UUGGCCCACCAGUUCUUGUAUUCGUCACAGUCCAUACGCAAAGUCAGUGAGGUCCGGUCUGUUAUUUUGUUGCCUGAAGAUUGUGAGUCGUUCUCUUUCAGCUUUGUCGAGCAUCCGGCGGUCAUUGAUGAAGCUACGCACAAGCUGAACGUCGGCGGCCUGAGUGAUCCGCGGAUGGGGACCACAUAUCGGAGAGAGGAUUCAAGUGCCAGGCCUGUGCGGAAUGCAUGCCGGAGUGUCUUGAACGCGGUGCGUCAUACCUAUCUUCCAUGA